AUGGCCGCCCCCGGCUCGCUCGCGCAGCAUGCCGUGGAGCAGGCCGUCCUAUCUGUGGCCAAGCGCCUGGAGGACCAGCUCGACAGCCAGCUGCACAAGCUCGAGAACCUGAAGGACGACGACCUGGAGCGCAUCCGGCAGAAGCGCGUCGACGAGAUGCGGCGGCAGCAGGACCAGGCGCGCGAGUGGGCGGCGCGGGGGCACGGGCAGUACACCGAGCUGCAUGACGAGCGCCAGUUCUUCAAGGAGGUCAAGGGGGAGGAGCGCGUUGUGGCGCACUUCUACCGCGACAACUGGCCCUGCAAGGUGAUCGACAAGCACCUGGAGCUCCUCUGCCGCAAGCACCUGGAGACCAAAUUCAUCAAGAUUAACGCUGAGAAGAGCCCAUACUUGACUGAGAAGCUGAAGGUGUGGAUGCUGCCCACGCUGGCGCUGGUCCGGAACGAAAAGGUGGUGGACUACGUGGUGGGCUUUGACGACCUUGGGGGCAAGGACGACUUCACCACAGAGAUGCUGGAGGAGCGGCUCGCGGCGGCGGAUGCAGUGAAGCUGGAUGCCCUGGCUGUGGGAGGCGCCGCGCAGCAGAAGCAGCAGCGCAGCGUACGGUCGGGCAUCUACCAGCGGGCAUCAGAUGACGAGGACUCUGAUUUUGACUAG